CCACUUCUUCUUCUUCUCCUUCUCCACAUCUCCACAGCGGGUGUUCGGCCGUGAUGUCGGGGACUCUGUAGGAGCCUCCCUAGGGAGACGACUUUGCAGAGGAGCGGCUGUAACCCAGGCAGAGAAUUGCUGUGGAAACUGAAUGUGAAGCUUAUUCUCUGGGAGAAGCACCAAGGUCAUGAUCGACUGGCCCAAUGUGACAAUGUCCGGCCACCAGGAGCUGGGCCGGAAACCCGAGGAGCUGCAGAAGUCCAAAUGUGUCCUGGGCUCCAUCCCCAUCAUCUACUACAGUGUCCUGCUCUGUGUUGGAGUACCAGUGAAUGUCCUCACAGCAGUAGCCUUGUCCAAACUGGCAUGCCGCACCAAGAAAGCUCUGUACUACUACCUUCUGGCAGUGACUGGCUCAGAUAUUCUGUCCCAGCUCUUCAUCAUCUUCGUCGGCUUCCUCCUGGAGACGGCAGUGUUUCACCGUGAGGUCCCUGCACCGCUGCUCCACUUUGUGAGCGCUGCAGAGUUUGCUGCCAACCAUGCCUCCAUCUGGUCCACCGUACCCCUGACUGUGGACCGCUAUGUGGCACUGUGCCACCCCCUCCUCCACCGCCAGAUCAGCUACCCGGCCAGAGCCAGGAAGAUCAUUGCGGUGGUCCUGACUUUAUCUCUGGCAUCAGGCGUGCCCUUCUUCUGGUGGUCAGACAUGUGGAGGAACAGCCACCAGCCCACAGAGCUGGACACCAUCCUCAUAUGGACACAUGUCACUAUCAUCUACUUCCUGCCCUGUAGUAUCUUCUUGGUGCUGAACUCCUUAAUAAUCCACACGAGGCAGCAGCAGCAGCCUUGCCAGGAAGAGCUUGGGCCAAAGUUGGCCUGCCAGCGGCGGCUUGGGAAAACCACAGGCAUGCUACUGGCCAUCACCUCCGUGUUCUCUGUGCUGUGGGCCCCCAGGACCGUCGUGGUCAUCUACCACCUGUAUGUGUCCUCAGUUCACCGAGACUGGCGCGUCCACCUGGCCUAUGACCUGUCCAACAUGCUGGCCAUGCUCAACACAGCUGUCAACUUCUUCCUCUACUGCUUCGUCAGUAAACCGUUCCGCAGCGCUGUGCGGGAUAUCGUGCUGCUCAGAGGGGGCCCACUGCAUCUUCGCUGCGUGCUCGCCCAGCAACAGACCCCCGCCAAUGCCUCCAUCUCUUCACUGUACAGUGGGACCAACAAGCGCUCACAGCGAGACUCCACCCCCUUGUCACCACACAGGGCCAAAAAGCCCUCGUGACCCUGGGUCCCCUCCUCUUAAUCCAACACACCCCUUAUCCCACGGUCCCUGAGCACUCGUGACCCCCAGGGACGCACACUGUGUUCCAGCCAUGGUCGCCACUCGGCCUGGGAGUUCUCUCAAAAGGCCUUAACUGAACUCAACCCACAAGAAGUAUGUUUUUCAUACUAUACUGUCUCACUGGGUGUUGUUUGUCCUUGUAAGUCCAAAACUGUGACAGUUUAUUUAUUUUUCCUCAAAAGAAUGACAAACUGAAACUAGGUUUUUGUGUUUCCUUGGUUUCUAUACAUGGCAGGAAUGUGACAUUUUUAUAUUGUUACAAGAAAAAUCUAUCAAUUUGUUUUCUCUGAUUAAAUCAGCAGUUAGAUCUAAGGUAAGUGUACAAAGGGAGAAAAGUAAUGAGCAAAAUAAUGAAUUCUGUUGGAAGCUGUUAAACCGUUCACCUACUCUCACUUUUCUGAGUCAGUUAGCCUCAGUCCGAAGGAGGACUGAGAGUUUUAAUGUGGACUGGGUGCUGUCUUCUGCAGUUGUCAAGAUGUUGAAAUCCCAAAAGAAAAUCCACCUUGCUGAGCACAGCCACUCGAGCAAAGAAUCACACUCAGGCUCCCAGUCACAAAACCACAGCUGCGGAGGCAAGUGUUUAUUUUUCAUGAAAUCCAACUCAGUGGAGCUUUAGAUGAAAGCUUGUUGUCCCUGCUCUUCAAACAGCCGGUCUGCUAGUUCACCAACACAGCCUCAGCUCUGGCUAAACAAACCUCAGAUUAGCCUGCACAAACACAUGCACAGAAACUCA